AUGGGCUCUUCUGAAGGUCCCAAGCACCUCGCCACCGGGCCAUUGCCCGACGACGAAGCCCGUUGGAUCAAGCUAGUCAAGAUCGACUACCAGGACCAGACCGGCAAGGCGCGCACCUGGGAAUCCGCCGAGCGCCGCAGCCGCCCGGCCGGGAGCGCCAUUGACGGCGUCGGCAUCGUCGCGCUCCUCACCGACGCCGCCAGCGGCGCCACGCACAUUGUCCUGCAGAAGCAGUACCGCCCGCCCAUCGACCAGCUCUCGCUCGAGAUCCCCGCCGGCCUCGUCGACGCCGGUGAGGACCCCGCCCAGGCCGCCCUGCGCGAGCUGCGCGAGGAGACGGGGUACGUCGGCGAGGUCGCCGAGACGUCGCCCGUCAUGUUCAACGACCCGGGCUUCUGCAACACCAACCUGCGCAUGGUCCACGUCACCGUCGACCCCGCCCGCCCAGAGAACCGGAACCCCCAGCCGCAGCUCGAGGACGACGAGUUCAUCGAGGUCUUCACCCAUCCGCUCGCAGACCUCUGGAACCUCUGCAAGAAGCUCGAGGCCGAGGGCGUCGCCAUCGACGCCCGCGUGGGCACCCUCGCCGAGGGCAUUCUCCUGGCCCAACAGCUCAAGCUGUGA